AUGGGGAUUCUGUUCAACCUCGGUCUUCUAUUGGUUAUUUGAUAGUCUACAAGAAAGUCAAGAGUUUCCUGGCCUGGCGUGCUUUCGAGAAAUGGGGAGAUGAACGCGGAUGUGGAAAGCCUCCUGUUUAUCCAAAUAUACUCCCUUGGGGAUUGGAGAGAUAUAAGAUUGCAUUUACUGGAAUCAAAGGUUCGUUCUUGUUCAUAAUUAGUUCACACAACCUUGUCUCAUCGCAAGAUCACACCCACCUCAAAAUGCUUCUAAACAUGGCUAACACACCCCAUAGGCAUCGAUAUCCUCGAAGACACAAUCCGCUCCCGAUACACCAAAAUCGGCGCCCCUACUCAUCGGCUCUACAACGUAGGCAGGACGCUCAUCCACACCUCGACCCCAGAAAACAUCCAGGCUCUUCUCGCCACUAACUUCCAGGACUACGAGCUCGGCGCCGCGCGAACGAAGAAUCUGUCAGAUCUUAUAGGAAACGGGAUUUUCCGCGGAAGGCGAAUCGUGGGCUCAUUUUCGACACCAAUUGCGACCCCAAUUCACUCGUGAGCAAGUCUCUGAUCUUGAAACCGCGAGAAAACAUCUGGAGAUUUUGUUCAGGGCCGUACCGAACGAGGAUGAAAGGGGAUGGGUUGAGACAGAUUUGAUGCCCCUGAUUCAUCGGUUCACUUUAGAUGCUAGUACGGAGUUUCUUUUUGGUGAGAGUGCGAAUUCUCAGAGUAGUGCUUUGGCGGUUGUUGAUUCGGGGAAUACGACGGAUUCGCAGCGAGACAUGGAUUUUUCUGAAGCGAUGCGGUAUGCGCAGGAAACUAUCAUGUGUCGCCUGAGAUUCAAGAGUCUCUACUGGAUCAUCUCCUCGAAUAAGUUCGGUAAGGCUUGUAAAACGGUGCAGGAUUUUGCGGAUCGCUCGGUUGCGAAGGUGUUGGAUGCGAAUCAUGAACGUGCUGCCACAGUUCCUGGACAGAAGACUAAACAUAUCUUUCUUGAGGAGCUUGCUACUCAGACGCAGGAUCCUAUCGAGAUCCGGGAUCAAGCGUUGCAGUUACUGCUCGCAGGACGAGACACCACCGCCUCCCUCCUCUCCUGGAGCAUCGCCCUCCUCGCUCGCCAUCCCUCAGACUUCCAACGCAUUCGAGCCAGCGUAAUCGACAUUUUCGGGACUUACCAGGAACCUAAAGAGGAAAUGACAUUCUCUUCCUUAAAAUCUUGUAAGGAGCUAACAUACCUAUUCUACGAGACCUUGCGGCUAUACCCCGUAGUGUCGAUGAAUAGUCGCAGAGCAAUCAGGAAUACGAUAUUACCUACAGGUGGUGGCCCAGAUGGGAAACUGCCAGUAGCCGUCAUGAAGGGGGAGGGCGUUGCUUAUAGUACGUAUGUGCUUCAUCGACGACACGAUAUCUGGGGGGAGGACGCGGAUGAAUUUCGUCCCGGACGGUGGGUGGGGAGGAAGCUUGGGUGGGAGUAUAUCCCGUUUAGUGGUGGGGCGAGAGUUUGUGUUGGUCGUGAGUUUUAUCCAUUUGUAUUUUUCUUUUGCUGAGUCUGUGAGGGGUCAACCGAGGACGGAUGCUGACUUUUAUGGUUACAGAACAGUAUGCGUUGAAUGAAGCGAGUUUUGUCGUCGCGAGGUUGUUGCAGCGAUAUGAUAAGAUUGAGAGCACUGAUCCGGAGCCGUUGAGGAAGGAGAUUGCUAUGUCUCUUAUGCUCGGGAAUGGGGUUAAGGUUAGGAUGCGUAAAGCGGCCGAGUAAGCUUCUUGAGAAAGACAUCCGGAUGAAUAAUGCUAUGAACGAGGAAAACGAGGAAUGGCAAUAGAAUUGCACGAGAAUUUCCUUUCCACCAAGAAAGGUUUGGGGAUAUUGAGUGGUCUGCAAGGAAGUAUAUGAGGGAUGAAGAAUACUUUAAUUUGGGGAACUGGACUCUAGGAAUUUAAGGUAGUUCUUGAGAAUAGCCUGGCCGUAAUGAUAGCUUUAGAAGUAGACCAUAUUAGUACAGAGAAGUUACUGAUUCGUUCUCAUUAGUAUGAGCACCAUCUCAACUCCUUUAAAUUCCAUGUAAGUGAGAUUGUCAUCAUUGCUUAGCGUAUCCCUGACAAUGAAUAGGAGUACACACGCUAAUUGGCGAAAGCUACGUAGUACUGUCAAGCGGUGGUCAUCUUUGUAUACCGUGGUACUUCCAGC